AUGCUCCAAGCAUCUCGACGUCUUAAAGGCAUAGGGGCAGUAAAGAAUGGGGUUUCAGGUGAAAGCAGUAUCUUAUAUAGUUUUUCUUUCCGAAUCGAAUGGUGUACUCAAAAAAAUUAUAGAUGUGACAACUUUAGAAGAAAAACGCGAUUUUACUUUCCCGCCUUUAAUUUUGAAAAAAGCUUUGGAUCGGCCUACAGUCAAAUAUUUACAGUAGCGGUGCACGCGAUGUUGCGGACGGCUCAUUAGACUCGCAUUUUGUGAGAAAUAACCGGAUUUCUGCUUAAAUUAAGUGUUUCUUCUCUGAAAAAUCGAUUAAGAAAACAGAAAACACACAUUGAUAAUAAAGGAAACACAAAUAAUCGCUAUCCCAAUCGAAAACUCUGUAAAAUCAUCAUUUUUCACCAAAGAAGCAUUUUUGCGAUCAAAGUUUGCAUAUUAUACAUGAAUAGAAAGCUUUUGUGACGAAAAGAACUUUGGUGACAACAGAAAAAAUUGAAAACCGAAAGAAACGAAGAAAAAAGCGAAAAUCCGGAAGAUGGCGAAGCCUGUUGUCCAUAGAGCAACUUUACUGCAGAGCGCCCUUUUCGCGGGAACUCAAGCUUUUCUCUCUCCGACUUUGAAUUAUUUUUUCUCCGAAACUAGGAAGUUUGGUUCAUUUCCAAGUUCACCGUUCGAUUCGCAAUGAAAAGCUCUACAGAGUACUGCUUUGAUCUCCUGAAUAAAUACUUUACCAUGAGAUUUUUGAAAUUUUACUUUCCAGUCAGACUUUGUCGAGAGUAAAAUUUCAAAAUAAAAAAAGAAAAAUAUAACUUUUUAAGGCUUUAAUGAGCAUCGUCCUUCUUUCGAUUUCGGGACUAAACUUUUUUCCGACAAAAGGCAAUCAUCGCGUAUAAAUCACUGCAACCUAAAAAGAUCUUUUUUUGGAAGUGGAAAAUUUUUUUGGAAAAAUUUUUUUCUGUGAGUUUUGACAGCGUAGUCAUGAUUACAUGGACCAGUCAACUUUUUGAAACAAAAAAAAACAAAAAAAAAAUUUUUUUCGAAAAUUUUCAUACUCCAACCCAUGCUCAUACACAUGGAAAAUCACGAAAACUUCAUGAACAAAAUUUUUGACAAAAAUAAGUCCUGGUGUUUAUAAAGGUUCAAAAAAAAGUUUUCUCAUGUUUCACGCUUCAAAACUCAAGAAAGGAGCAGUUAGACGAAAUUAUCCAAAAAAGGAGAAAUUGCAAAAAAAUUUUGCAGAGGGCGGGGACCGAACCUAUGACCUCGUGCUCCCCAGUCCGCCGCCUUUCCACUGCUCCUCACUGCCGUUGCUUCGACGGUUGCCGGCUAGCAAUACCACACCGCGCGCGCAUUCUCUUAUGUUCGGCGGGGCUUUGAAAGAUCAUAUCUGGGCUGCGAAAUUUUUUUGAAAAAGUUCAAUCGUUUUUCGUGACCAGAGGGACAAGAUCUACAGUACCGCUCAAAAGUCUAUUAAGUUUUGGUUUUUUGAGCAUAUCUCAGCGAGUACUUAUCCGAUUUAUAUAUAACUUUCAGGGAUAAUGUAAAAUAUACUUUGUAACAUAUACGGUAUACAAAGACACGUCCGCAAUCACUGUGUCGCGUUUUAGGCAUUUUUUAUUGAAUUCAAUUUUUUUGUUUUUUUAUGCUUUUAUUUUUUUAUUUAUUUUUUUAUUAAAUUUUUUUAAAAUUAAUAAUGUUGCCAUAUGUUUUUCAUGUUUUUCAGACAUGGGAAGAACCUCUGGAAAAAGGAUUUGACUGAUAACGACAAAAGAGCCAUCGUUGUGAGUCGUCAAAAUGGACUGACCAUGAUGACGUUGGCAGGAAUGUUCGGCGUGACAGAGGCGUGCAUUUCUCAGUUCCUAAAGCGUCAGAAAGCUCAAGAUGGCUCUACUAAGAGCCAACGCACUGGAAGACCACGUGUCACGGAUCUUAAUGACGAUAGAAACAUUUUGAAGACGUCUAGAACCAAUCCAAGACUCACCGCCCUUGCGAUCAGACGGGAAGUUUUCUUGAAUUCGCCAACUCCGCCAUCCGUCUCGACCGUGAAACGACGUCUGAAUGCUGCUGGAAUCAUGGGAAGACGUCCAGUGAAGAAACCGCUGAUUUCUGAAAAGAAUCGAGCCGCCAGGGUGAAGUGGGCGAAGGAGCAUCUCAACUGGACCCGUCAAGACUGGAACAAGAUUCUGUGGUCCGACGAAACGGUCCUCCACCAAGUUUCACAGGGGGUAAUUGGUAUUUCGGAUGAUAUCUGGACCCAAUUGGUCUACAAACCCACUGAAUUCCGUCACUCCCGAAGAGGAGGAACUUGUUUUUCGUCGGACCACAGAAUCUUGUUCCAGUCUUGACGGGUCCAGUUGAGAUGCUCCUUCGCCCACUUCACCCUGGCGGCUCGAUUCUCGAAAAUCAGCGGACGUCUUCACUGAUUCAGCAGCGAUUCGAACGUCGUUUCGCGAUCGGAUGGCAGAUCAGAAAACUCCCGUCUGACACGAGUGCAUGGUUCGACGUCUUCAAAAUGUUUCUAUCGUCGAUCCGUGACAUCAGUGCGUUGGCUGCUAGAAACCAUCUUGACGCUGAAAAUGCACGCCUCACGCCCAUGCCAGCGUCAUCAGUCGAUGACGACCCCACGAUGGCUCUUUAG